UCGAUGGAAAGGAAUCCAAUUCCAAUCGCAAUUCGCGAAUCGCGAGGGCACAAAGCUGCUUUAGCUUUUCGUGACCCACGAGUGUCUUCCUCUACCAUCGCAUCGCUGCUUCUAAGCACGCAUUAGCGUCAAAAGAUCUUCUCGAAAUCCACGCCACACUAGAAGGUCAGUGCUCUUGCACUCUUUUAGGACAGGGGUCAAGAAACCAAAUGCGGCUUCUUGGUGGAUGAGCUCUGCUGCAGAUUCCCCGCCAUGGCAUCGCCAAUCAGACGGUGAGGGAUGAGCUCCGCUCGCCAUUUCGUCCACUCGAGCAUUUUGUCGAACAGCUGCUAAGCAGCACCAGAGCAAGAACGCAUCUUUUGGGGGUACGGCAGGAGGAAUCAAUGGACAGGUUGGGGUUUCUUGAUUCUAAGAGGCGAGCUAUGUCGUUGGUCUGUUCCCCUCGAGCUAUUCAGCGCAUCGUUGGUUGUAAUUUCGGGAUUACGAAUCAAGGAUGAGUUCUCCCGGUUCCUGGGUACGAGCUCUGUUCCCCAUUAUCGUUCUCUACAGAGCUUAACUGAAGAGGCCCUUUAGACAUCAAAGGUCGUCAAGAACACGAUACCCUUUUCUUGGUUCAUGGAGAUGGGCUCUGCUCACUUUGCCGCCCUACUUCUGUGCGCCUGCAUUUUUGUCAGUGGAACCAUGGCAGAUAACCAGAAUGGCACCGGUAACCUCACAAGGCCGGCUGAGGUGCGCAUCGGUGCGCUGUUCACGUUUGAUUCGGUUAUUGGGAAGGCGGUGAGGCCGGCUAUUGAGCUCGCUGUUGCGGAUGUCAAUACCGAUCCUAGCAUACUCCCAGGGACCAAAUUGAGUGUUCUUAUGCAGGAUACUAAUUCCAGUGGCUUUGUCGGCACCAUAGAAGUAUUGCAGCUUCUAGCUAAAGAGGUGAUCAGUGUAUUAGGUCCACAAUCCUCAGCCACUGCUCAUGUCAUUUCACAUGCUGUUAAUGAACUCCAUGUCCCACUUAUCUCCUUCGCAGCCUCAGAUCCUACCCUUUCUUCUCUUGAAUACCCUUAUUUUGUGAGGGCUACGCUAAGUGAUUACUUCCAAAUGUGUGCUAUUGCUAGCAUCAUCAGUCAAUAUCAAUGGAAAGAAGUUAUCGCCAUCUAUGUUGAUGAUGACUAUGGUAGAGGUGGCAUCACAGCACUAGGUGAUGCCCUUGCAAAAAGGAAAUCCAAGAUAACAUACAAAGCUAAGUUGCCACCUGGUGCUGCAAAGACUACUAUCCAGAAUAUCUUGAUGCAGGUGAAUGAAAUGGAGUCUCGAGUCUAUGUUGUCCAUGUAAACCCUGACUCUGGUCUCAAUAUUUUUUCUGCUGCAAAAUCUUUGGGGAUGAUGAGCAGUGGCUAUGCAUGGAUAGCAACAGAUUGGCUUUCUGCGGUGAUAGAUUCUUCCGAGCAUGGUAAUCCUGAUGUGAUGGAACUUACACAGGGUGUUAUUGUGCUUCGGCAACAUAUCGCUGUUUCUGACAUUCAGCAUUCGUUGUUGUCCAAAUGGAAUAACCAGACCAGGAAUGGAAGUCCGACCUUGAGUUUGUACACUAUGCAUGCUUAUGACUCUGUAUGGCUAGUUGCUCAUGCUCUUGAGCAAUUUCUUAGUGAUGGGAAUGCGAUUUCUUUUUCUGCAGACCCAAAUUUGAUAGUUACAAAAGGAAGCAGCCUUCAGUUAGAUUCUCUCAAGAUUUUCAACAACGGAGAUAAAUUAAUGGAGGAAAUGUGGCGUGCGAAUUUCACAGGGGCUUCUGGACCAGUUCAAUUUACUUUGGACCGGAAUUUGAUCCACCCAGCUUACGAUAUCCUGAAUAUUGGUGGUACAGGUUUAAGAACCAUUGGGUAUUGGUCAAACUUUUCCGGUCUGUCAGUUGUUGCCCCAGAAAACUUAAAUUCAUCUAGAUUGGACUCUCCAACCAACAAUAUACAGCUCCAUGGUGUUGUUAUAUGGCCUGGUCAGACUUCUGAGAAACCUUGUGGUUGGGUAUUUUCGUAUCAUGGGAAACCUCUGAGGAUUGGAGUGCCUCUCCGGAUGAGCUACAAAGAGUUUGUGAUGCAAGACAAUGGACCUGAUGGAGUAAAGGGGUUUUCAAUUGAUGUUUUUAAAGCUGCGAUAAGCUUGUUGCCUUACCCUGUUACAUACAAGUUUGUUUUAUUUGGAGAUGGUUUGAAGAAUCCCAGCUACAGUGAUCUUGUUCAGAAGGUUUCUGAAAAUUACUUUGACGCUGCGAUAGGGGACAUUGCUAUUGUGACGAAUAGAACAAGACUUGUUGAUUUUACCCAGCCGUAUAUAGAAUCGGGUCUCAUUAUCGUUGCUCCAGGAAAGGAGAUUGAAUCAAAUGCUUGGGCGUUUCUGAAACCAUUCUCCUUCCGAAUGUGGUGUGUCCUAGGUGUUAUCUUCCUCUUUGUGGGUACAGUUAUUUGGAUACUUGAACACCGCACUAAUACUGAGUUCCGUGGACCUCCAAGGCAACAAAUUAUGACAGUGUGCUGGUUUAGUUUCUCUACAAUGUUCUUUUCACACCGAGAGAACACAGUUAGUGCUCUUGGUAGAUCUGUGCUGCUGAUCUGGCUCUUUGUUGUGCUCACUAUUAACUCAAGCUACACGGCAAGCUUGACAUCACUUCUCACAGUUCAGGAGCUGACAUCAGGGAUACAGGGCCUCGAUAGCUUGAUCUCGAGUUCAAGUGCAAUUGGCUAUCAAGUUGGAUCUUUUUCCAGAAACUACCUUGUGGAUGAGCUCAAUAUCACUGAGUCCCGUUUGGUGCCACUAAACAGCCCAUCAGAUUAUGCAAGAGCACUAGAAUUAGGGUCAGGAAAUGGUGGUGUUGCUGCAAUAAUUGAUGAGCUUCCAUAUGUUAAGAUCUUCCUGUCAAGAUACUGCAAAUUCAAAACAGUUGGUCAGGUUUUCACAAAAAGUGGAUGGGGAUUUGCCUUACCAAGAGACUCCCCUCUUGCUGAAGACUUGUCAACAGCAAUCCUGACACUAUCGGAGAAUGGCAAUCUCCAGAGGAUCCAUGACGAAUGGUUAACUGGAACAGAGUGCGGUGCAGACAGUAGCGGGGUUGGGUCGAACUCCUUGAGCUUGUCAAGCUUCUGGGGCCUCUACCUCAUCUGUGGCCUUGCAUGUGUACUUGCUCUUGUGAUUUUCUUCCUUCGCAUAUUUUGUCAGUACAGCAGGUACAAUAGCCAGGUUGAGGUUCAGUUUCCCGAACCUCAGAUUAUAAAUCGACCAGCAAGGUUAACCACCAUCAAGUCAUUGAUCUCUUUUGUUGAUAAAAAAGAGGAGGAGGUGAAGAAUGCUCUCAAGAAAAGACCUAAUGGAAAUCAGCAGCCAAGCAUUGGCAGUACAGAAGAACAAUCUACAUUACCACUAUGACAUCGUCAUGAGACAUGACUAACAAUAAUAAAAGAAUAUGCAAUCCUGCACUGAAGUGGUUGUGUUCAGAAUUCCAUGGUCUGGUUUGUGAUGAAGGGGUUUUCUUGUCUGAGGUUUCUUCUCACUUCUUACUACGAAGGUAUGGCAACGAAAGCAGCUUCAGAGUACUUUCUCUGGAGAAAUACAUCAACAUUUAAGUUCCCAACAGCAACAAAUCUGAAUCUCCUAGCAGCAAUUUCUGGGAGUGAUAGCAUUCGGUUGCAGUUUCCACUUCUGCCAGGUUGGCCUUCUUCUUUUCGAAGUGACUUCUACCAAAGUUCAUGUAGCCAUCUGAAGCAUCUUCCAAAUAAGUUGAGAAGUUGGAAUCUAUGUUUGGUGUGGUAUGUGGCCAGUUGUGCAUGUCCUUUUUAGAAGUAAUACCCAUCUCUUCCACAGCGACUACGCAAGGAAACCAUUUCAGAGCAAAAGCUAUGACCUCUCCCAUUUCAAAAGACUCGCAUCCACUUCCAUGCAACAUUCUAAAUUAACAUUCUGUUCUGAAUUGAAGCAUUUAGAUCAGAAAAGAUAGAGAACAAUUGAUGUACCCUAUUUUGUAUCCUUAACUGAAAAUAAGCCAAUUUAUUAGA